AUGCUGAGUUUCACGGUAACUGAGAACACCACUAAGCAGCCCACUCCUCUGCUUCUGGGUGUGCACGUGCCAGUGUGCGAGAGGAGGCAGGCAAAGUUGCAGCUGAAGCCCUUCGGGGAACCCUUGUCUCCUUUGGCCUUGCUCGGAUGGGAGUUCCUCCUCCUCCAGGCCGAUAAAAGCCAAGUUCCUUCCAACCUCAGUGGCCAGGCCUCUUCCACCUCCUUCUUCCUCCUGGGCCUUCCAGGACUAGAGAAGGUCCAGGCCUGGCUCUCCAUUCCCUUCUGCUUCAUCUACGCCUUGGCUCUCUUGGGCAACGCCACACUGCUCUGGGUCAUCUGGACAGAGUCCAGCCUGCACCAGCCCAUGUACCUCUUCCUCUCCAUCCUGGCACUAACCGACAUGGCCAUGCCCACCUGUGUCCUUCCCAAGAUGCUGGGCAUCUUCCUCACCAGUGCCCAAGAGAUCACCUUUCUUGCCUGCCUGGUGCAGAUGUUCAUGGUCCACGCCCUCUGUGCUGUGGAAUCGGGGACGCUCACCGCCAUGGCAUAUGACCGAUACGUGGCCAUCUGCGACCCACUUAACUACACAAUUCUGGUAACACCCAAGACUGUGAUCAAGUUUGGAGCAGCCAUUUUUAUCCGAGCCUUUGUUAUCGUCUUGCCCUUCCCCUUCCUUGUCCAGAGGCUGCCAUUUUGUCACUCCCGACGCAUCUCUCAUACUUACUGUGAGCAUAUGGCUCUAGUAAAACUAGCAUGUGGGAACACUACUCCCAACAAUCUCUAUGGGCUGAUCCUGUCCCUGCUCAUUGUUGGUGUAGACCUGACCUUCAUCUUCAUCUCCUAUGGACUGAUCUUACAAGCUGUAUUCCAGCUACCUUCAUGGGAGGCUCGUCACAAAGCCCUGGGCACUUGUGGGGCCCAUGUAGGUGUCAUCAUCAUUCUCUACACACCUGGACUGUUCUCCUUCCUCACCCAUCGCUUUGGGCAUAACAUCCCCCACAGUGUUCACAUCUUCCUGGCCAACAUCUACUUGAUGGUUCCCUCCAUGCUGAACCCUAUUGUCUAUGGCAUCAAGACAAAGGAGAUCCGUGAGUGGCUGCAGUGGACUUUGCAUCUUGGAAAAAGGCCCUCCAGACCUAAUAAGUGGGGUUAG